AAACCACUUGGAAAGGCAGGAGCGGUUGAGCAAUGAUAGUUGUUGAUGAUGAGGGUUGCUCGUUUAUGCGGCUACUGGAGCAACCGGGGUGCUACCGAAGGCGAUGCGGGUUUGCUCCUUGGGAGCGUCCUGACGCUGGCGCUCCAUUAGCCCUCUUUCCUCAUCAAUCUUGCGGAUCAUUUCGCCGAAGAGUACUUUUCACAGGUUAGGCAUGUUUCUAUUUUUCUUAAUCAAAUAUAUUAUCUGAAGAGGAAUGUAUGGCUGAAUGCCUCAGGAGCAUCGGCUACGGUUCUGCCUUGUGAGGGAUUGAGCCCAUGGGCAUGGACUUGUGACUUCCCAGUUCCCGUUGGACUGCCAUAGUCCUCCGACUGCCUCUUUCUCAAGUCAUCUCCAUCGUCCUAAGACAAAGAAGGCUGUCAAACCGUAGGUCCUUGUUUUUCAUCCCAAUGGAAACUCAGUUCAGGUUGCAUUUGACCCAUGUAGAAUUCAAGGAAAUAUUGGAAAUCUCAAGCAGGAAUAUGGUUAUCGGAGAUGUUUAGGCCGACCCAAUUUAGAUGGAUCUCAUCCAGCGGUCCAUCUUUUCUCUCUAAACUACCUAAUUAUCCAGCAUGAAUUAGAAAUAUUGUUCUACAGCAUCGCUCGUUUCAGGGGAGUUUAUUCCCGUUCAAUAAACAGCUACUCGUUUCAGCACAAAACAAAACAAAAACUUUUUCUCUUGAGAAAAAAAUUCAGCCUAUGAAAUACUUUCUUGAAGUACGUUUGAUUCGAGGUAGUCGGAAGAGGUAGAGCCAAGUAUCUUGCUCUACUACUUUCUCAGAACAACCGGACAAAGACGUCCUUUUCUGAGUAACAAGCACAAUUCAAUAAAUAGCAUCAGCGUUCAUCGAGUUGUUCUGCCUAUCAGUUCUGUAGCUUUUCAUUGUUUAGCAUGACACGUUGGAGGGCAUGCUGAAACGUAUACAUUCACAUUGGGUUCAGCUUAAGCUGGUGGCCCAAUAACUGGUUUGAAUUGUGGCAACAUGGGAGAGGGAAAGGAAUGCACUGCUCGAACGGAUAUGGAAUCGGAAACCCCGUCUUAGAGUGGGGCCGAGAGUUUUUUUUUGAACAACCUCGUCCAUACAUCUCGCGAUGGACGGCUGUAUACAGGGGCUGCACAUGACGCUGUUACUUUCUGCUUCUGGCAAAGUGGGGAGGGGAGGGGAACCGGAAGGAAGCCCACGCACCGGUACCAGCACGACCGCCGGGUACGAGCACGACCUCCCAGUUGCUGACUGCGUCUCUUUCUCGCUCUAAAACCCUAACCCACACUUUCAAAGCGCCGACUCUCCCUCUCCCUCUCUCGCUCUAAAACCCUAAACCCUACCAUUCAAAGCGCCGCUUCUCCCCUCCCCCUCUCUGCCUCUCCCUCUCCCUCUCUCUCUCUCUCUCUCUCUCUCUCUCGGCUGAGAAGGGCGUCAACGAGCCCACCAUGUCCACCGUCUCAGAGGAGAAGAAGUCGAAGAAGCACAAGAAGAAGUCGUCGUCCAAGCACGACGGCGGAGGAGCGGAAGAAGAGAAGAUCAAAUACGACAGAGAUCUAGUGGCUGAACUCAGGGACGCUGGCGGAGAUGAUGAGAGCCACCACGCCGACUAUCUGAUCAAGCCGCAGGGCUUCACCCCUCCCCUCGACACCUCGAAAUGGCCUCUCCUUCUCAAGAACUACGACCGCCUCAACGUCCGUACCGGCCACUACACGCCGCUUCCAACCGGAUACUCCCCUCUGAAGCGGCCCCUCGCCGAAUACCUGCGCUAUGGCAUCAUCAACUUGGACAAGCCCGCGAAUCCCUCCUCCCACGAGGUGGUAGCGUGGAUCAAGCGCAUCCUCAGGGUCGGUAAGACGGGCCACAGCGGCACCCUCGACCCCAAGGUCACCGGCAGCCUCAUCGUCUGCAUCGACCGGGCUACCCGCCUCGUCAAGUCCCAGCAAGGUGCCGGUAAGGAGUACGUGUGCGUGGCCAGGCUCCAUUCAUCUGUCCCGGACGUCUCCAAGGUCGCCCGUGCGCUCGAGACUCUUACCGGCGCCCUGUUCCAGCGCCCUCCGCUUAUCUCCGCCGUCAAGCGACAGCUUCGAAUCCGAACAAUCUAUGAAAGCAAGCUCCUAGAGUAUGAUGUGGAAAAGCACCUGGUGGUCUUCUGGGUCUCCUGUGAAGCAGGGACCUAUAUCAGGACGCUCUGCGUCCAUUUGGGUCUGAUUCUCGGCGUGGGUGGACAUAUGCAGGAGCUCAGGAGGGUCCGAUCCGGGAUCCUCGGCGAGAGGGAUAACAUGGUUACCAUGCACGACGUCAUGGACGCUCAAUGGCUCUACGACAAUUGCAGGGAUGAGGCGUAUCUUAGGCGCGUCGUCAUGCCCCUGGAAGUGCUUUUGACCAGCUACAAGAGAUUGGUUGUAAAGGAUUCUGCGGUCAAUGCCAUCUGUUAUGGUGCCAAGCUCAUGAUUCCGGGGCUGUUGAGGUUUGAGAAUGGCAUUGAAAACGGGGAAGAGGUUGUUUUGAUGACGACGAAAGGGGAAGCUAUUGCUCUGGGGAUAGCGGAGAUGACGACUGCAGUAAUGGCAACUUGCGACCACGGGGUGGUGGCCAGGAUCAAGAGGGUGGUGAUGGAUAGGGAUACUUAUCCUAGGAAAUGGGGGUUGGGGCCUCGCGCGUCGAUGAAGAAGAAGAUGAUUGUCGAAGGUUUGCUUGACAAACACGGGAAGCCCAAUGAGAAAACGCCCGCGGAGUGGUUGAGAAAUGUAGUCCUUCCUCCAGGUGGAGAUUCUGUGGUUGCUGGAAUAGCGGCCAUGACUGAAUCGGAGACCAAGGUCUCUAAAGAGGUGAAGCAAUUGGAAGGCAAGGAGGAAAAAAAGAGGAAAAAGCAACAUCGGGAAGAUGGUGAGGAAAAUGGUGAGGACGUACGUAAACUGAGAGUGGAUGAUGGGAGUUUGAGUCCACUUCCACCUUCCAAGAAGAUUAAGGUUGGUGAAGAACAAGCAGAAGAAGCAUCGAAAUUGACACAUAACUUGAAGACAUCGAAAGAGGAAAUUGAAGCAGACGUGGAUGGCAGAAGCGAGAAGAAACAGAAGAAAAAGAAAAAGAAGGGAAACGGUGACAAGGAUGAACCUUCUGGCGAGGAAGUCAAUGUAGAAGUGACUGAAAUAAAGAGUAUUAAACAUCUGGCGGAACCUGAAUUGGCCGACGAGGAAAAGGCUUCAAAGGAAGAGAAGAAGAAGAAACACAAGAAGGAGAAGAAGAUCAAAGAUGAGGAAGACAAUGAAGAGGAAGAUGGUAAGAGUGCUAAAAAGGACAAGAAGAAGAAGAAGAGCAAAAAGGAUCAAACUGAGGAUGAGUAGUUAUUCUUAAAGUCAUUCUUGGCCUUGGCCUGCUUGUUUUGUCCACGAAGGAUACUUGGAACAAGGGUUCAGAGGCUCUCCUCAAUCUUGUCUCCGACGGUACAUUUAUUUCUUCGGCUGCCUUGACGUCUUCUUGGUUCAGAUACAUUUCGUUGCUUCGCCAAGAUUAUCUGGGGCAUCACCCGUUGCUGUAAGGCCCGAGACAAGUUGUUUCGUAGUUGGUGGAAAAUUGCGCAGGUCCUCGGAUCCUGCCUUCUUGGUGCAGACCAUUUGUAUGUAAAGGCGUUUUUGAAUACAAAUCUCUUCAUAGUUCUUCAGUUGUGAGCUUUUACUCUAGAAUACCUCUCUUCAUAGUUCUUCAGUUGUGAGCUUUUACUCUAGAAUACCUCUCUUUCUUUUAUAAAGAAAAAUUUAGUAA